CGUAGCCAAGGAAACGACACUCUCAAAGUCGCUGCCAAAAUCAAAGAAAUCAGUCAAAAUUUAUAGUUCCAAGAUUUUUAUUUAUUUCGAACCACAAUGCACGGGUUCGACACGAACAUCAUGGAACCAAUGACCAGAAAAUGUGACUCAGACACCGACGAGGGUCGAAGUAAAACAAUCAUGGCUAAGGGUCAAGGUUCCUCAGUGAUAGCAGCGUCAAAAAUCCCAUCAACGUUUGUGAGCGGUUCGAUUAAAACCAAGAUGUAUAACGAAUACGCAUCAAGCGAUACACCAAAAUCGCAAAAUCUAAGUAAAACGAGACAAAUCACACCUUCAUCGUACGACACCCAAAAGUGGUUCCCUUCCAUCGAAGGUAAAAGCGAAGGCAAAAUCAGUGCUAAAGAACUUCAAACCGCAUUCAAACAAUUCCAAGGCAAACACUUUUCGGAUAAUGUUUGCAAAUUCGUUGUGCGUCUAUUCGAUUUAGAUAAAAACGGUGGAAUCGACAUUCGAGAAUUUGAACAACUAUACAGCUCGGUGAAAAAAUGGGUUUCCGCGUUCAACACGUGCGAUCGCAGCAGAUGUGGAUUUCUUGCCGAAUCUGAAUUAGAUCUCGCUUUAAAACAAAUGGAGAUAAAUUUCAGCCCGGAUUUUGUAACAUUCUUGAUUAACCGGUGCGAUCCGGUCAACAAAAAAAUGUCCCUCGACCAAUUUAUCGUCACCUGCGUACAAAUGCAAAAGUACACCGAAGAAUUUAGGGCGAGGGAUGAGAAAUCGGACGGAAUCAUCAAAUUAAAAUACGAAGAUUUUUUGGAACUCUUAAUGAAGACGGUUUGACUGAGAAUUUGUCGUUCUCGUAUCGUCCUUGUCAAUUCAAACCGGAUUAUUACCCCAAAAUAACCCCUAAUAACUGUCAAAAAGAACCGGAUUCAUCUCAUCGCGCGCGCGCGGAUGCUGAUGUACAAAAGGAUUGUGUCCGAUUAUAUUUGUUAUUUCAGCUGACCAAUACAAUAUACCGUUAAUGCUCUAAAAAUUUU